AUGCCUCAGCCAUAUCGAAUGACAUCCGAACUUCUAUUCCACAGUACUGUCCGCGAAUCACCGACUGUCUUUGCCAUGUUCUACCAGCGUGGAGAGGCUACCACGAGAGCGUUCAGAACAAUAUGGGAGUUACUGUGUUCCGAACACUCGUCUUCCUCUACAACCUUUAUCGAAGUCGACAAAGACGACUUUCCAGAUCUCAACAAAGAACUUGGUGUACCCAACCAUACCAUUCUGACAUUUCUCGCUUUUAGGAACAAACAUUUGAAGGACGUCAUUGAGGGAGUAGACAGUAGAGAGUUGGAGCGGUUUGUGGACAGGAACAAGCAGUCCACCACUCGACGUCCAGCGACUCCCCCUAGAACGCAUCGUGAGGUGGAUCUCAAAAAAUCACGACCUCGUCGUAACCGUGCGAGAAGCCCGGCUAGGGUGGUUGUCGAUUCACCUAGAAGACAUCGCUCGCCUGCUCCACGUCGAGUGCCUGUAUACCACGCACAGGCCGAAGCAAGCAGAAGACGUCGCCGAUCGAGCCCAGACCUAGUACCGCUAAAUUACGGUUCACCAAACUUCGAGGGCUCAAACGCCAAUCGAUCCUAUCCUGUCGGCAUUCGAUACACCGAAGACCAUGGCUCUCACAGAAUCAGCCAGCCCGCACACCUAGAGUACACGGGCCAGGAUGGCCAUCGUCGUCGAGCUCAUGAUGUUCGACUCCAGAAAGGACCUGAUGACCGACCAGAAGUGGCAUUUCUUGAUUGGUCCGGUUCUUUAGCAGUCGAGCGCACGAUUGGACGUUGA